UUACCGCGGAACAACGGGAAGACAACAACAGGCGACUCGCGUGCUCGCUUUACGUCGCGGUGUUUUGGAACGCGAGGCUGCUUUCUGUCUCAGUGCCUGUGAGAGCUUUUCGCUGUUUGGAGUCGAUGUCGGACUGUUUCUGGAAAGAAAAAAAAAAUUGCGAGUGUAAACCACGAAGAAGAGAAAGUGAGAAAGUUGUUUCUCACGGCGGGAGUAAUGGAUCAACGGGAGGAAGAGCUGGAGGAGAUCGCCACAUGGUUUAGUGAAGAGGGACUUGCUCCUGACUCCCCUAAGGAGGCUCAGCUGUGUUGGUUAUGGCGUGCCCUCCGGUGCACAAGAAGACGCCUGAGCAGUGUGACGUGGGAUCUGGACACCCAGCGCUCACAACACUCAGCAGAAAUGGCUGAGGUACGCAAGUCCUUGGAGCAGAUCCGAAUCUUUACAGAGCACAAAGAUGUUUUGGCACAGGAGAUACAAGAUGAAAACGAUCAGCUCAAGGACCAACUGCAACGCCUAAUGUCUCUUCAAGAUUGCCAGAUAAGCGAAGUGGCUAAAAUGCUGUACCAGCAGGGUCUGACAGAGUUGAUCCACAGCAGCCCCAGUGAGCAGGUGGCCUACCUCUUGGUGGAGAGAGCCUCCUUACUUGAGACAAGUGAGGUUCCUGACAACCUGACAGGUGACGGAAACACAGCCAGCCUGCUGGGGACCGAAACCCAAGUGCUGAACACCCGUGCACACCAGUCUUCCCACAAGGGGGCACCACGUCAUGGCCAAAGCUCAUGGAAGAGACUCUUUGGACUCCACAGAGCUUCCCAGAGCAAACAUACUUUUAUUCCUGGAACUUUGCAUGACAGAGGGAAUUCAAGAUACUACACAACUGAUGCAUUUUGAUCCAGAGCACUUCUCAAGGCUGAGGCCAGUCAUUUGGCUGGCAAGGCAAGCAGUGUGGAGAGGCAAUGUUCUCGCCUGGAGCGUGACCUGGAGGAGGGCUCCCGCCGGCUGGCCAUGGCCCACAGUGAGAUCCGGCGUUUGACUGAUGAGUUGGAGUCUGCUCAUUUGACUCAAAGAGCUUAUGAGCCCGAGCUGCAGGCUGCACAGCAGGAGGUAGAGCAACUCAGACAGGAAGUAGAAAAACUGAAGAAAUACGAAAUGGUGGAACUGCGAAAGGCCAAAGAGCUGAACGAUCGUCUGGACCUUGAGAUUCGAGCCUUGAGGAACAGGGUACGCUCUUUGGAUGCUGAGAAAAGUUCUCUGCAGCAGAAGGUUGUAUCUGUGCAGGAGACGGUGGAGCAGCUGGAGUCAGCUCUGCAGGAGCAGCAGGCUGAGCAGCAGCUCCUCACUGUACAGGUUCAGGCCAACCAAGUAAAUGAGUUCUCUAAAUCUCAAGUCGCAGAGCUGGCACAGAGCAACGAAACUUGCAGACAUUUACAGGAGGAACUCACUGCUCAGAUAAGAUGCCUUUUGGAAAAGGAGGAAUCUGUUGCAUCUCUGCAGAGGGAGGUAGUGCGGCUGGAGUCAGCCCUGCAUGAGCAACAGCAGCAGGCUGAGCAGCAGCUCCUAACCUUGCAGGUUCAGGCCAAACAAGCUAAUGAGUCAGUUGAAUCCCAGGCAACUGAAUUGAUUCAGAGCAAUAAGAUCUGCAGAGAUUUACAAAAUAAACUCAGCAGUCAGUCGAGAUGCCUUUUGGAGAAGGACUCAGAAAUACGUUCCCUUAAGCAGCAGCUCGAUAAUUCUCAUAAAGAUCUGGAAAACCUUAUAGGUAUCAUCUGCACCAAAGAAAGUCAUCUUCAGCAUCAAAAGCUGUGGAAGCAAAAAGAGGCAGAUGCACAGAACUGUGAAAACACUCACUGUCAGCUGAAAGACUCCUUUGCAACAGAGGAUGCAGAGCUACAGACACAACGACAGCUGCUGCAGAACAAGGAAAACACACUGCAUAAGGAGUGUCACGAUUAUCAAGAAGCAGUGAACAGUCUGUUGGCCUCCCAAGACAAGUGCGAAACGUUCAAGAAGGAGAUCUGUGAAACCCUUAAAUGCCUCGACAAAGAGCGGAGUAAAUACCAUGAGAUGAAGGAAAAGCACAAGGCAAAACUGUGUCGAGCCAAACAGAAAUUUGAUGAUGAAACCACAUGGCGUGAUGAGAAGAUCAAAAAUCUAGAACGAGAACUGUCCCUGUGUUCGCAUUCAUUAGCAAAGGAAAAGGAGCUUACCAUAAGCAUAACUGUGGAAAAUGACAAACUACUUGUUGAGAGGAGAAGGCUACUACAACAGCUAAAUGAAGAGGAGCACAACAAGAAAGACAGUAAUCUAACUGCUGCUUUGUCCAAAUGCAGGGUGGAUUUUCUAGAGAUGGAAAACAAGAAACUUGGAAACAAAGUACUCCACAUGUCCAAUCAGCUAGCAGUCCUGGAACGCAGCCUGCAAAACAUGCAGUCACCUCACUUUGCCAAGGAACUAAAGAAAAUAUCUCAUCCUGCUCAGGUUUUUACAUCCCUCCCUGUGUCAACUUCUAGUGUGAUGAUGCCUGAGCCGUCAGAAAUGCAGGGUGUAUUGGACAAUGCUCAGCACAAGCAAACAGACAUGACUUCUUCCCCUCACUGCUUCAUGUCUGGGCCCCUGUCUCGAUCAGCAGAGAUGGGCUACCUGAACCUGACCUCCACUCAGAGCCGCUCAGACCGCUCAGCUACUCUGGCCGCCGACAGUGCACGUUGUUGACAUUUUCUGUCCAUCUGCAACAUAACUAUACUGUACAGAAAGAAUUUU